GGGCAGAAUGCUGUCUCGUUUUCUGUCUGGCUCCGCCCCUCGCGUCUCUUCCAACCAAUCACCGUACAGUGGAGGGGGCGGGAAGCAGGUCGCUUCCGGCGUAUGGCUCGUGUGUUGUGUUAUGAAGGAUUGAACGAGGGCUUCAGGGAGAAGUGGCAGUGAAAAUACCUGGAAUCAUGAAGCAGCUUCCAUCGGACACUGUGCGGCUGCUGUCCAGCUCUCAGGUCAUCACUUCUGUGUUGAAUGUGGUGAAAGAACUGAUGGAAAAUUCUCUGGAUGCUGGGGCUUCAAGCAUUGAUGUUAAACUGGACAACUACGGCUUGGACCGGAUAGAAGUACGUGACAAUGGUCAUGGCAUCAAAGCUGUAGAUACUCCUGUGAUGGCUGUUCGACAUUUCACUUCCAAGAUCUGCAGCCACGAAGACCUAGAGCAUCUGGAAACAUAUGGCUUCAGGGGAGAAGCACUGGGCUCCAUCUGUGCAGUGGCUGAGGUGGCUGUUACCACAAAGACGGAGGAGGAUGACGUCAGUACCCAAUACAUGCUUGACUUUAAAGGGAACAUUGUUUCUCAGAAGCCGUCUCACUUAGGUCAAGGUACAACAGUGAGUGUAAUGAAACUUUUCAAGAAUCUUCCAGUGAGAAGGCAGUGCUUUUCCUCCACAAAAAAGUGCAAAGAGGAACUAAAGAAAGUGCAGGACCUGCUGAUGGCCUACGCCAUUGUAAAACCUGAACUGAGACUCAUGCUUGUUCACAAUAAGGUGGGGGUUUGGCAGAAGGCCAAGGUGGCCGAUAACAGAAGUGCCCUCCUUGCUACAUUGGGGUCCAGUGCUGUUGCCAACUUGCUCCCUUGCCACCAUCACCAAGAGCAACCAGAGAUUGUUUUAGAAGGAUUUUUUCCCAAGCCUGGAGCUGAUUACUCCACUACAAGCUCAUCUAGUCCUGACAAAACUUUUCUAUUUGUCAACAACCGACCUGUGCAGCUAAAGGAAAUAAUGAAGUUGCUGCGUCAACACUACAGUGCUCAAUAUCCGGAUGACCCAGCACGAAAUCGAUUUCCGAUGCUCAUGCUUAAAAUCACAGUUCCACCCUCCUCAGUGGAUGUUAAUCUGACACCAGACAAGACCCAGGUUCUUCUUCACAACAAGGAGGCUGUGUUGACUGCAGUGGAGGCAUUGCUGGUCUCUCUGUAUGGCUUUCGGCCUAACACUGAUCUCCCAGCUGAGAAGCAGCUCAGCCACAAGACACUUCCCUCAUCAUCUAAUCCUUUGCAGCCUCAUGAUUCACUAUUGGACAUUGAGCCAAGUGUAGAGAGGGAUAACAGUCUCACCAACCACAGUGAUAACUGCCUCAAAGAUGCACUUCAACAUGGUGAUGCAGCUUCGUCAACAGCAAGCGCAGAUGCUUCACUGCACCACCGGACCUCAAACGGCAGCUCUUCAUCCUCUGUGGCAGACGACUGGAUUGUCAGCCAGAUCCCAGUUGAGCUUGUCUCUAGCUUUUCUCUUUGUGAUGAUGAAGUGGCACAGAACUGCACGGAGACAACAGAAAUGGGUUCAGCAAGCAAAUCCCCAGAGAGAAUUACAGACAAUGUAGUGUCAGCUGCAGACAAAAGCAAAGACCAAAUAUUAGCUGAGGACUGGAGCCGGGGUACAGCUCUUACAGAUCCCUUAUCAGGAGAACCUCUGCAGCCUGUGACAAUUCAUCAGCCCUCAAGGCAUAAUGACUCCGACCUGGAUGAGGUGAAGAGUCAGAGCAGCUCGAAAAAAAAGACAUUCAAUAUUAUUACAGAGAAGCAGGCUGCUCUAACGGCCUACGACCUGAUCACCAAUCGCGCCAUGAGGGCACCGCUGUCUCCUGCUGCCCUGUUUGACAAGGAGGCCAGAGCUGAGGUCCUCAGGGAGAAACCUACAGCCAGUCUGCUGGAUAUCAGCAUCGCUGUUCGCGAGAGGUGGAAAAACCUGGGGGAGGAUAACCGUAAGAAGUAUGAGGAGAAGGCAAAAAAACACCUGGAACACCAUGAACAAAAAUCUAAGUCAGCUUCAGCUGAAGGCCCCAGGGAGCUCAGUGUGAGCACCUCGAGGAGCCACAUGCAGGGUCAGAAACGCAAGGCCCCAUCAUCCAACCAGCAGCUGCUGGACGAGCUCUUCUCUGCACAGCCUCAAAAGAAAAUGAGGAACCCAUCGUCUAAACCCUCGCAGCCCCUCCCCUGCAGCAUGGCUGCCCUUCAGCUGCAGCUUCAGCGCCUCUCAUCCCAGAGCAGCGCAGCAUCACGGGGCCUCUGUCUUGUAAACCGGCUGGCCUCUCAGAGCGCCUGGGUCAUUUUAUGUGGUCAGAGGCUCAUGUUGUUAAACCCAUUUCGAGUGGAGGAAGCCUUGCUGUUUAAAAGACUUCUAGAGAAUAAUAUACUUCCAGCAGUGAGUCUGCAGAACCCUAUACAGUUAACAGAUGGAAUUCUAGGGGGAGCUGAGUAUGCUGAGGCUUUGUGCAACAUGGAGAAACACAGCCCUGAACUGAACGGAGCGACCCUGUUUUCUGAUCCUAGGCUUGUGGCUAAUGGGUUUAAAAUCAAACUCACUCCAGGCCUCGCGUCAGCCGAGAGACAUCUGGAAGUGACAGCAAUGGCAGACUGCGUGCCUUUCCUCGGUGUGGAGGACCUCAGGGAGAUUCUGACUGCAGUUCUUCACAAGAAAGCCAGGACUGUGCAAGAGUGCCGGCCACUUAAAGUCACAAAUUACCUACAAGGGGAAGCAGUUCGUCUUGCCCGUCAACUGCCCACAAAUUUAUCGCGGGAAGAUGUGGAGGAAACCCUUGUACGGAUGGAACAGCAGCUGGGUGAGACAAACCGAACCUGUAUUCAUGGACGACCCUUUCUCCAACACUUAUCUGACAUCCCAUGUACGGACCAGCAAGCUAAGGCUCUGCUGCGGCCUUUGGAACUGUAACAAAGUAGACAACUCAUGGACAAUAUCUGAAAAUAGCUAUCUGAUUUAAAAGCAGCCAAUUAUUUCAAAUUAGGAUACUUGGUUUGUUACAAACAGAACAUAAAAUAAACAUAUUUUUCCACUAGAGCAUCAAACCCAUUCUGUGAAUUUUGAAUGGUAUGUUUUUGUCAAGGCAUUAUAAAUAUGGCACAUGUUUAUAACCGUAAAUUCCAUGAAGUUUUAUUGCACACAGAACUGCUGAAGCCUGACUAAUAGAAUUGCUCUGUAAUAAGAAAAAUAAUUAGACUUUGUAAUGUAGACAAGCCAAAAGUUUGAUUUACUCAAAACAUGAAUGUGUUGAGCUGCAGCAAUUAAUGGUUGUCAAUUAUUAAAUUAAUCACCACCCAAUUUGAUAAUCAAUUUAAGUUUGAUAAGUUGAUUCCAGCCUCUUAAAUCAGCCUUUUGCUGGUUUUCUGGAGCGUCUUGAGUUGUCAACAAAACUUUUGGAAACAGUGGUCAACAUUUUUCACUAUAACCUGAUAUUUUAAAGACCACCCAACUAAUAGAUUGUGUGAGACAAUAAUGGAUACAUUAAUUAAGAAUAAAAAAACUGCUGGUUGCUGCAUCUAAGUGAGUGUGAGGCUUUUUAAAAGUCAAACCUAUUUAUAGAUGUUUGCUCAGAACUGAUAAAGUUUUCUCAGGACUGGGAGUUGUAGGUGUUUUAAUUUGGACUGAAAUUCAGUAAGUGGUAAGAAGGCAAUGCUUUGGUCUCAAGUUUUAUGGUUUAACCACAGUGUCCUUACACCAAUGAAUUACUCAGAUUUCAAUCUCAAUUCAGUCAUUUAAUAAAAAUGAGCCUGCAAGACCGAACAAAUAAUCAAUGUGUAAUUAUUAUUAACACUAACAUGCAAAAUUAGUAAAGCUUUACAACAUCA